AUGCUUAAACCGACAGCGAUUCUUCUCGUUGGCGCAACUGGGACUUGGGGAGGCUUUGUUACUCAAGCCCUGGCAGCUCAAAGCCACAUAUUUACUCGCAUAGCAGUUUAUCACAAUACGGCCAGACCUACCGAUGAGGCCAAGCAGGCCAAAUUGGAGAAAUUCCGCAAAUCUGGCCUUGAGAUCGUGGUUGGCAGCGGUUAUGAGAAUCCAGAGCCAUUUCACGGAUUUGACUGCGUCAUGAUCUUCGCAGGCAAUCACGGGUUGCAUGAGCAGCCACAGAUCAUUGAUUCCGCGAUCGCUGGUGGUGUGCGGCACUUCUAUCCCAGCGAAUAUGGGGCCGACCUACUAGUCGGCGACAAUUGGAAUCAACGGUAUUAUAAAUACAAAGUCAUGACACGACAACAUCUUCAGAAGAGGGCUGCAGAAUAUCCUGACCUUGGCUGGACGUACUUUGUAGUUGGCAGGUUGACGGAGUGGGCUAUCAUCUCACAUUUCGGGAUUGAUAACUACAACGCUAAAGCUAGCAUUUAUGGCACAGAAGCGGGGAAACAAAGCCUUAUUGGUGUGGAUGAUGCCGUCGCUUACCUGCUGGAGACUCUGAAAGAGCCUAUUGCCGAGAUCCAGAAUGGCCAGUUGCUAGGCAAAAAGCGCACCUACCGCAUCUCGGGAUCCUCGCCAACAUAUAAGGAGAUUUUUGAGACGUUGGAACGAGUCACUGGACGACGAUAUAAUGUUACCUAUUUGGAGGUAGAGAGCGCUUCUAUAGAGGAAGCCGAUGCCAAAAGACGCGAGGACAUUGAACAAGAGCUGGCGGCAAGUCAUAAGCUAGUACAAGGCCGUCAGGGAACAUUGGUGCCUUAUCCAUGGGACAAUUCCCGGUUCCCCUCUAUUCAGCCAAGGAGCGUUGAAGAGUGUUUGCGCGCAGCAUUUCAGAAUCGGAACUGGCGCGUAGCCUAUGGCUUGAAUUAG